UUGAAUUUAGUUGUUCAGAUUCUUCCUCGACGCUUCCACAUAUUAAGUCGGAGUUUAUCAAAUGAAAAUCACAAAAAUUUUUACUGGAAUGAUCGCUAUGAUCCCAAUGAAUCACGAUUUCAAAAAGUGCUCAUUGCUAAUCGUGGUGAAAUCGCCUGUCGAAUUAUCCGCACUUGUCAGCGUUUGGGCAUCAAAACCGUGGCCGUUUUUAGCGAAGUAGAUUCUUCAGCUCACUUCGUUCAGUUGGCAGAUGAGUCCAUCUGUAUUGGACCUGCUCCUGCCGCGCAAUCCUAUCUUAAUUUGGAGGCAAUCUUGUCUGCCGUCGCUCAAAGUGGGGCUGAUGCUGUUCACCCAGGUUACGGAUUUCUCUCAGAGAACUUCAAAUUUGCUGAUAGUCUUUCUUCCAUGGGUGUCGCAUACAUUGGUCCAAAUGCAAGAUCAAUGCGCUUAUUGGGGGACAAAAUUGAGAGUAAACGAAUCGCCAGUUCAGCUGGAAUAAACUGCGUCCCUGGAUAUGAUGGGGAAGUCAGUGACAAUUCAGAAGCCUUCAAAAUUGCUGAUGAUAUCGGCUAUCCUAUUAUGAUCAAGGCUUCAGCAGGUGGAGGAGGGAAGGGAAUGAGAAUUGUUCGUAACUCAUCUGAGCUUCUAGAGGCUCUGAAUUUGUCAAAACUCGAAGCUAACUCUUGUUUCGGCGAUGAUCGAGUUCUUUUUGAGCGAGCUCUUCAAUUUUCCAGACAUAUUGAAGUUCAGGUUCUAUGUGAUCGUCAUGGAAAUGCGCUUCACUUGCACCUUCGUGAAUGUUCAAUUCAACGUCGAAAUCAAAAGCUAAUUGAAGAGGCUCCAGGUUCUCUUUUUAGCUUCUUUCCUUCCCUCUGCAUCAAACUUUGUGAAGCCGCGUUGCUCAUUGCAAAAUCUGCUGGAUACGACUCUGCGGGAACCGUAGAGUUUCUUCUUGAUGCAGAGAAUCCACGAAAUUUCUACUUUCUGGAAAUGAAUACUCGACUUCAAGUUGAACAUACAGUUUCAGAGUGCAUUACCGGAAUCGACAUCGUACAUCAGAUGCUCCGAAUUGCCAAGGGCCACCGUCUUCUCUAUAAACAAACGGAAAACGAUGUUCCUUGUCAUGGAUGGGCCAUGGAGUGUCGGGUUUGUGCUGAAGACCCCUACCGGGCACUGGGUACUCCCACUCUUGGACAAUUGACCACUUAUAAGGAACCGAGUAAUCUGCCUGGGAUUCGUUGCGAUUCUAGUGUUUCAGAAGGCUCACACAUCUCGGUUUUCUAUGAUCCUCUUGUCUCAAAACUAAUUGCCUAUGGCUGUGAUCGUGAUGAGGUUUUGAAAUCAAUGGCUCGAGCUCUUGAUAGUUUUGUCAUUGGAGGAGUUAGAACCAAUAUACCCCUUCUGAGAGAUGUUAUAUUAGACUCCGGUUUCGUUUCUGGUAAUUACACUAUUCGACACUUGGAUCUCAUCUAUCCAAAUGGAUUCCAAGGGAUAAAGCUGUCUCAACAGGAAUUUAAUUUAUUGAUUUCUACUGGAGCCGUUGUUUACCUUAAAGCCUUUCUUCGGAACUUCUCAGAUUCCAGGCAACCUAAAAAUGAAACCGUCAAAUUGAACAUUACAGUAGAGUCAAAAUUUUCUUCAAUGCCAGAUGAAGUUACAAAAAUUAACGUAACUCCUCGAAACGGUUAUUUUGAAGUCAAAUUACCUUCGUCAUCUUCAAUACUUCGCAUUCCGGAUAACUUUUGCCUUGCUGAUAAUCUUAUCCAAUUUGAAACAAAUGGUCCAAUUUUCCAACUUUGUGAACGCAAUAUUUUAGGUGAUGUAUGUCUGCAAUAUCGUGGCGAGGUUUAUUGGUUACGUGUACGUUCAGAAAAAGCCUUCCAAGCUCUAAACUCUAUUGGAAUCAAGAGUCUGAGGGCUGCUGAUAAGAAGUGUUUCGGCGAUAGUUCUACUGGUGGUAGCUGCCUUAUAACUAUUCGAGCCCCACUUCCUGGUCUAGUCACAUCGAUUCUCGUUUCCACUGGGCAAGCAGUUGUUGAAGGAGACGAGGUGUGCGUCCUUGAAGCCAUGAAAAUGCGCAACUGUCUUCGUGCACCACAAUCUGGAACGGUUAAAUCCGUGCGAAUGAAGGAGGGCCAAACAGUCUCUGAAGGCGAUUUGAUUUUAGAAAUGGAGCAAUAA